AUGUCAUUGCCAAGGAUGUGUUCAUUACCGUCUAGCAGUGGUAGUACAAGCAAUAGCAGUACUGAUAUUGAUAAGGAAAAGCAACGUUUUGCAGCUGCUGCAGCAACAAUGGCUUUUCCGGGUUUACCGUUUAUGGCAGCAGCAGCAGCAUUUCCGGCUGUAACAUCUACAACAACCGGUAGUUCCGUUUUUCCAAAUCAAAUGGCCGCACAAUUAUCACUAUUCAAUCCACAUCUACAACAAUAUUAUGCUAAUUUUUUGCAUCAACAACAACUUUUGCACAGCUUACAAAAUCAUUCACCACAAUCUCGGACAGGUUAA